CAGGCGAUGUAUGGCAUGAAGCUCUCUCUGCGAUCGUUCUCCAAAUACGUUCCACCAGAUGUUGUGCAGAUCUUGGUAGAGACAGGAGCAGAAGCCGAGCUAGGAGGCGUCAAGCGAGAGCUGACUAUAUUCUUCAGCGACAUUGUGGACUUUACGGAUAUUACGGAAACCUUAGAACUGGACGAAUUGGUGGAACUGCUCAGUGAGUACUUGCAGGUGCGACUCGUUGAGUGA